UCAGGGUUCUUCCAAGCCCUUUAACGCAAACGCACAAAAAACCGCCCUCCUUCCUAUUGUCGACAUAGCGCUUCUAUCUAGGUGAAUAUGCACCUCACUGACACGGCACCACGCGCCACAACCCCCCUCCCUCGUGGCAGCCCUACCACGCCUCUAAUGCACCCCCCCAAAUCUCACCUCUUCAUCCUGCAUCCUGCAUCCUGUCAUCGAAAAAGAUCUCACGCACCCCGUGCAUCGCACCUAGCAGCGCCUCCCAAACAAACCCCUCUCCACACAGCACACCACACCGAUCGCCCACGCCGACGCUCCUUUACCGUGCAGUUAAUCCUGCCACCUGCCUUACCCUCGAGCCCCCGAGCCGCCCUCCUCCUAUUCCGUUCCCGCGCCUCAUCCCGCGCCGCCCGUCUAUCCCCCCACACUCCCGACCCGCGUUGUCGCAAACCGCGUGGGGCCACCGACGUUAAACGCAACAGGGCAGGUGACGAUCUUGCGUCCCCCCAAGAUCCCGCCACGCUACGCGACGUCGUACGCGCAGCACCUGAGAGGCGACAGAUGGGCAAGUAACCCGGUGCUGCGGGCCGUGGUGGCGCCCAGGACCCGCGCGCUCGGGAGAGGUGUGUGGUACAAGUCGGUAGGGGUGUACAAUGACGGGUGCGAGGGGGCGUUGGGUGCGGUGCCAAGCCUGGCGAACGUCGGUCGUUGUGGUGUGAGAGGGGCGGGGUAU